GAACUUCAGUGGCCACACAAUCUCGCCUCUCCAUUCCGAUCCCACCAACAUCCAACCAACCACAGCAACGAAGGGAACGAGUAUCGACGAGUAGCAAGAGACCACAGCAACGACUAAAUCGCAAUAUCAAAGAUCACUCAAUAGCCAUGGCCCCCGACACCUCCCGCGCAAACUGGGCCGACGACGAAGAAUUUGAUGAUCCCUCGGCCUUGCCGCCGCAGCAAAUCAUUGCCAACCCCGACGGCACCAAGACAAUCAUCACAUACCGCCUAAGCGAUGCAGGAAAGAAGAUCAAGACCAUGCGCAAGAUCCGCACGACAGUGGUCCAGGAGCAUGUCAACCCACGGGUCGCCGAGCGUAAGGAGUGGGCCAAGUUUGGCGCAGAGAAAGGACACGCCCCCGGACCUGACAUGUCUACCACGACCGUCGGAGAAAAUAUCAUCUUCCGCCCUUCGGCUACCUGGAAAUCCAACUCCAGGGAGGAAGACCCCGCCGAGGAUGCUUUGAAGAACGCCCUCAAGGGAUCGAAAGUCGCUUGUCGUAUCUGUAAAGGUGACCAUUUUACCGCCAGAUGUCCGUUCAAGGACACACUCCCACCACUUGACGAUGCUGCGGCCGGUGGCGCUUCUGACCCGGAGCCCACGGAGCAGAAGGUCGGAGGCGCAUAUAUCGCGCCGCAUCUCCGAGGCAAAGGACGUGGAGCGGGCGACUCGAUGGCAGGCAGCAGCAACAACCGCGAGCGCGACGACCUUGCCACUCUCCGUGUUACGAACGUAUCGGAGUUCGCAGAAGAGAACGAUCUCAGGGAUAUGUUCGAGCGAUUUGGACGGGUCACCAGAGUCUUUUUGGCGACGGAUCGUGAGACUGGCAGAGCAAAGGGUUUCGCCUUUGUCAGUUAUGCGGAACGUAGCGAUGCUGAGAGGGCGUGCGUAAAGAUGGAUGGUGUCGGAUAUGGACAUCUGAUCUUGAGAGUCGAAUUUGCGAAGAGGUCGGCGACCUAGUCGGAUGGGUUGUGGGAAUGCAGAGGGGUCCUCAUGACGUGGAGGAAAUUGUCACGCAUAAUAAAAGCAACGACCGAGGGACGUUUUACGCCCGAGCUAUACGCGAUGAUUGACCGUAAGG